AUGAAGUCUUCAUUUGGAGUUGCUGCAUGCUUGACUGUAGCUGUGGUUGCACAGGCUGCAGCUAUUGGCACGGAGCUUGAACCACAGCUAGUUAACAGAGAAGGAGACUCUGAAAUUGAAGUGGCUUACGGUACCAUUUCCAAGAGAGAGGAAGAUGAUAUUGUUGAGGAACCAGUCCAAAUCUUCUAUGGCUCUGGAACUAUUAGCAAGAGAGCAGAAGAUGACGUGCUUUUGACAGUUGUUAAAAGAGAUGCUGCUGAAUACGGAAUCUUUGUUCGCAAGAGAGACGACGGUUCGGAAGAGAUCGUUGUAUCGUCUUUAGUUUCCCGGAAGGAAGACGAAGAUGCAGAGGCUCACUUUUCAGUUGAAGUUUUUAAGAGAGCAGUUGACGACGAGAACUUGGUCUAUGAUUUUGGAGCAAACAACCAAGCUGAACCUUUGAUUGAAUUCACCAUUAACAAAAGAGGUGAUGUCAGCGUAGUUUCUGAUCCUGCUGUUGCUACUGCAUAUGCCGUUUACAGUAAGAGAGGUGACCUUGAAGCUUUGACUGCUAUUGGUAAAAGAGAACCUAAGAAUGUCGUUGAUAUCCAUAAGUUUGUUCCCACUAAAAGGGAAGCCAAGAAUGUCGUUGAUAUUCAUAGAUUGGUUCCUACAAAGAGAGAGGCCAAGAAUGUCGUUGAUAUUCACAAGUUUAUUCCAGUUAAAAGAGAACCAAAGAAUGUCGUUGAUCUCAAGAAACUUAUUACAAAGAGAGAUUCUUCUGACAGCAACGACAUUCCUGUUGUCUAUGCUACCAUUUCCAAGAGAGAUUUGUCGUUUGUGCCUUCCAUUGAAGAUGUUCUUUCAUCUCUUGUUCAAAGGACUCAACAGUUACUCCAAGUUGGCACAGAAACUGUUUCUACUAAAGCCGAUGAUGAUUUCAUUGGUGACGGUGAAACCUCGGCUAUUAACACCUUAUUAGACACGAUGCCCAAAUUAACCAUUUUCGCCAACUAUUUAAGAGACUUUGAUGUAGCAGAGUUAAAUGUCGCUCAUCAAAAUGUUAAGAGAAGCAAGCACUGUAAAGGUCACCACAAGAAGUUGAUGAAGCAAAAUAAGUCAAAGAAUGACCAUACUUUUGUGUUUGCUCCAUUGGAUCUGGCUUUUGAUAAGUAUACCAAAAAGCCUUGGGAGUAUCCACUUGCUGUAGAUACCGAGGAAGAUGCUAAACACAACUUGAAUGACUUCAUCAAAGCUCACAUUGCUUUGGGACACAAGCUCAAGCUUGAACAUAACUACAUGGACAAUAAGGUCUCUGUUGAGGACAGUAAGGUAUUCAUUGACGGAGUACAACAAGCAAAGGUCAUUGAAAUUAAAAGGGCCACUGGGUUGGAAGAUUAUGUGAUUGUAGUUGUUGAUGAUAUUUUGGUGAAGCCUUAA